GUACUCUCUCCUUAUUAUAUUUAAUUCUUUUAUUUCCUUAUUCUCUCCAUUGGACGGAGCCUUCACCGACCAUCAGUUUCCCCAUUUCAAUCCCAUAUUUGUGUCUCAUACCACUAAUACCACCGAUCGAUUUUGUCGUUUUCCAUCCAUUCGUAUUUGUACAUAAUACACCAGAUGCAUAAUUGUUGAUGAUAAUCAUUUCCCAGCCCCCGCAGAGUCUUUACUACAAGCUCUUCAAUUGAUCCGAACUUGCAAAUCUCAUCUGCGCAACCUUUUUAGAGGCCAAUAAUGAGUUCACGUCGAGAUCUUGAGAAAGGAAUAAUUGAAGAGGAGGAACAGGAACAAGAAGCAGAACCAGAACAAGAUACCGGAACCACCACAGAAUCCAUCGCAUCCCAAUCCGAUAAUUCUAGAAAUCCUUCACAUAAAAAUGAUGCGGCUUCAAAUGCCUCAAUCAAGUACCCCGACUCGAAUCAUGAAGAAGCCGAAGCAAUGGAUCAAGGUCAGACUGAUCUCGCAAGACAAAAGGUUCGAAACCGCCACCCUCCUUUGCGCAUCAUCAAACUACUUACUAAAAGCUCUUUUCCAUCCAGACACAUACAGAACCUAGAAGAGUUAAAUCAUCUACUCGUCGCGCGCGUACAAAUUCGCAACCAAACGAUAUAACCAGCACAGCCUCGAUAUCCUCUGGUGCUCCUAGAAUCUCCCGCAUAACUCAUCGAACGACCACUCCUCGCGCCAAACUUCCACCUAGACCUCUCCCCGUCUCGAAUCUCGCGAUUGGUAUUGUUGGAUGGGAUAGUCAGGCAGACCCUGAGAUGCCUUUGAACUUUCCAGAAUCGAAAAAAUGGGUGCUGACAGGAUUACUGGCUAGUAUCACAUUCAUAUCCCCGCUCGCUUCCAGUAUGUUUGCGCCCGGUGUAACAUUCGCGGAUCGGGACUUCCACAAUACAAGCUUGAUAUUAAGUUCCUUCACGGUGAGUAUCUUCGUGCUGGGAUAUGUCGUCGGGCCAUUGAUACUUGCACCAUUAUCGGAAAUAUAUGGGAGGAGAUAUGUUCUUACUGGUGGUAAUAUAAUAUUUUGUGCAUGGCAGAUAGGCUGUGCAUUGGCGCCUAGCUUGGGGACAUUGAUAGGAUUUCGAUUUAUGGCUGGAUUAGGUGGUUCUGGUUGUUUAACUAUCGGUGCUGGUAUGAUUGCGGAUCUAUUUCAUGCGGAUAGGAGAGGAUUGGCCACUUCACUUUUCAGCCUUGGACCUCUGUUUGGUCCUGUUAUUGGUCCAAUCGCGGGAGGUAUUUCUCCCAUAUUUUCCGAGCAAUCAAAUCUAAGAUAUCUAACAUUACCCCAGGUUUCGUAGCCCAAAGAAUUGGCUGGCGUUGGGUGUUCUGGAUCCUUUUUAUAGCCGGCACUCUCAUAACCAUCGGCAUUGAAUGCUUGAAUGUGGAGACUAACCCACGACUUCUGAUAAAACGCAAAGUUGCGCGACUCUCCAAAGAGCUCAAUCGAUCAGAUCUACGCAGCGUUUAUGACCCCAGAAACUCAGCACAUCAUUCGAAAUCUUCGGUUCUAGCAAAUGCUAUGAUUCGACCCCUCAAAAUGUUAAUGUUUAGUCCUAUAGUGUUAAUCUUGAGUCUGUACAUGGCGCUUGUUUAUGGACUUUUGUAUUUACUAUUCACUACUAUUACAACGGUUUUCACUACCAGGUAUCAUUGGGCGCCAGAGUUCUGUGGAUUAGCCGUAUGUUUUUAUUCUACUCUACUCAUUUCCUUAUUUCCACCUUCCAAACCUCCUGCUACCAUCUUUUCAUAUCUAACCUUGAUUAGUACAUCGGUUUGGGACUAGGUUUCUUCCUCGGUCUCGUAGUAGUCGCUCGCAUAUCAGAUGUCACCGUGGUCAGCAUGACUAAAGCAAAUAAUGGGAUUUUCGAACCUGAGAUGAGGUUGCCUGCUUGUAUAUUUUUUGCUUGCUUUAUACCUAUUAGUCUCUUCUGGUAUGGUUGGAGUAUUCAUGCCGGUGUUCACGUACGUAUUACAUCACAUAACAUUAUUCAAUCCUAUUUCUAUUCAUGCCGGCUCAAAAGAACCAACAAUUAACACUGUCCAGUGGAUCAUUCCUAUAAUCGGCCUCAUCCCGUUCGGUUUUGGCAUGAUGGGUAUCUUUAUCCCCAUCCAAACAUACGUCAUCGACUCUUUUCCCUCUUACGCAGCAUCAGGUAUAGCAGCUCUUACAGUAUGCCGAAGUCUUUUUGGUGCGUUCUUACCAUUAGCUGGUCCCGCCAUGUAUGAGGCGCUAGGCUAUGGAUGGGGAAAUAGUGUGCUGGGAUUUAUUGCACUAGCACUUAUUCCGGCGCCAAUGUUCAUUUAUAAGUUUGGUGGAAGAGUGAGGAAGAGAUUUCCUGUUAAACUUUAAGGGAGAGGAUGCAAAAGAAGAGUAAUAUGAAAGAGAUGGAAUUGCAGGAAAUGAUGAAUAGUAGGGGGCUUGAAGUUCUGGAAGCGUCAUAUCGAUAUAUUGAGGUACACGAAAAACAUGAGAGGACACUAAUUUCUCAUGGUCGAAAUUAAUGAGAUGGAACGAAGAAGCAAUAAAGUUGCGAGAAAAAAAAUAUAUAUUUCGAAAAUUAGCGAGCAUGAGCGAUGGAGUUAUGAUUCAUUGGUUAGGUAUUGGAUAUUAGUAACCAAUUGCUCAGUUGAGCAUUGGCUUUGGUUGGAUAGGUUCAUUUUGGUGCGAUUGGAAACUCGUUAGAGAUAUGAAUUUAAUGGUUAAGAUUAAGUGCUUAAGGGAUAUAUUUAUGAUUGGGAUGGAGGGUAUAUUGUUGAGAAUAGAGUUUGAAAUUUGGAUCUCCCAUGGGAUUCUGAAGAAAUUGUACAUAGAUUUAUCGAUUCAUUUGAUCGAUUCAUUUGAUUGAUUCAUUGAUUCGUUGGAUGGAUGGAUGAGCGAAUGAAUGAAUGAAUGAAUGAAUGAAUGAUCUGAUAGGU